GGCGGGAAACGGUCGCGCCGCGCGGCCAUUUUUCUCAUUUCGGCGGGAAAAUUGACGUUUUGUGUUUUAAAAAGUGUAUUGUGUUUGUUUAUGGAUGCUUUGGGACCGAUGCUGUGAUUUUUUGACGGCGAGAUGAAUAAGAAGUCUCACAAGAAGAAGCAAAAGAAGCGUGGGAGAGGCGAUGGGCGGAAUAAGGAGAACAUUCCUGAGGCCGACUUUGAAGCCGAAGAGACUCAAGUAGUCCAAGAGGUCCCACCGGCUAACCUGUGCUAUGAGGUCAAACACUCCGAGGUCAUGGGACGGUACUUAGUCGCCCGUAGCGACAUCCGCGCCGGGGAGAUAAUCCUGGAAGCCCCCGCGUUGGCCGUCGGUCCAUGUGCCGGCUGUCCUGUCGUGUGCCUCGGCUGCUACCGCGAGCUCCAAGACGUGGCCUUAUACAAAUGUGAUGGCUGCAAGUGGCCCCUCUGCAGCAAGACGUGCUUCGGCCGAGGACGGUACACCGGCCACUCUACGUACGAGUGUGAGGCGUUGAAAAAAUGCCCGCCAGACUAUAGCAAUAUGGAGGAAUUGAAGGAGUCGUACCACGCGUUGAUGCCUUUAAGAUGUCUACUACUAAAAAAAGCUGACCCGUCCAAAUGGACAGCAGUGUCAGCCAUGGAAGCCCAUAACGCUCUCCGACGGGAAAGACCUGACAUCUGGCCGAGCAACGAGACCCAUGUGCUGAGCCGGCUGAGAGCUUGGAAAAUGGGAUUUGAUGAUGAAGAGGUGCACACUAUCUGUGGGAUACUUGAGGUGAACGCUUUUGAAGUUGGUGGGGGUGGAGCCAACGCACGAGCGCUCUACGACCAAGCGUACCUCCUGGCUCACGACUGCACUCCCAGUACCACUCAUACGGAUGCGGAGACGAAGCCAAAUAGACCGCUUACCAUACGAGCUGCUGUGCCACAUAAAGCAGGGGAUUUGUUGUCGCUGUGCUAUGCGUAUACGUUACAGGGCACGCUAAAACGUCGAGAGCACAUCAAACACAGCAAGUUCUUCGACUGCUGUUGCCGGCGCUGUACUGACCCUACCGAGCUCGGGACCUUCGCGAGCGCCUUCAGAUGCCCUAAAUGUGCUGGACGAGUGCUGCCAACAGUGCCACUGGAGCCUGAAGCACCUUGGAGCUGUAUAGAUGGGUGUAACUACACUAUGUCCGCGGCUGGUGUUCAACUGCUGCUUAAAAGGCUCACGGACGAGUUCGACCAAAUCGACGCCAACGACGUCCCCGGCUUCGAGACCUUCCUCCACAAAUACCGCAACGUAAUCCACGGCGGCCAUUACUUACGGCUCUCCGCGCUUCACUCGUUGUCGCAACUGUACGGCAAGGCAGCGAGUUAUCUUAUCCAUGAAAUGCCGGAGCCUGAGCUGCAUAGGAAGAUCGAAGUUUGCCGGGAGCUGAUGAAGGCUUUUGAUGUUAUUGAACCAGGAUAUUCUCGGUUACGAGGUGUGACACUAUACGAGCUGCACGCACCACUGAUGAUCCUGACAACACGCAAGUUCGAAACCAAAUCCAUUUCUAAGGACGAGCUGCGUACAAGGCUGAAAGAGAUAGUCGGCUACCUUUCCGAAGCCGCCCUCAUCCUCGGCUUCGAGCCUUCCCAGUCCUCCGAAGGUCUUAUGGCGUCCGCCGCCAAGGACGCCCUCAAGAAAAUCAAGACGUGGGAGCAGAUCAUCGGCAAAAUCUCAUGAACGUAGCUGCAUUCCAUUUGGACUGAUGAACGCACCUUGAUGAUUCUGCUGGUGGAUUUUGGAUCUGUUUUUCUGUGAUGGCUAAAAAUAUGUGACUGUUGUCAAGAGGGCGCUGUUAUUUUGAUGUAUGCGGUGACAAUUCAGUAGGUAUAUUAUUAGUUCUAAUGAAAUUCCAUAACAUGGCGCGUAGUCACAUAUUUCUUUAGAAAGAGUCUUUGUCUCGGUAUCUAGUUUGACAGCUAUGUAAAAUAUGUAGCCUAUGUAGGUAAUAUUGAUUGAAAGGUACAAAGUUGUUGUGCUCUGACAACUAGAUGGCACUGUUUGAUGAUGUCGUUUAUUGAGAUUGGAGAGCUUUUGGUCCGCUA